GGCGCGAGGCUGUCGAGUCAAUGAGCAGAACUGGGCUUCGACCGUUUGUUGAGCUGGCUAGCAUAAAAGGAUGCAAUAUCUAAAUACAUUAAGUAAUACGUUAUACAAACCAAUUGCUGGCACAGCAUCGUAUAUUUUGGGUACGACUGGAGGAGUCUUAACUUAUGUUUUACCUGCACCUAAUGACCCAAUAGUAACGAUGAAACAGUUAUGGGAAUUGGCAGCACAGAGAGGACCGUAUGUACAGCUGGCUGCUCUGAGUGGAGCAACUGCUGUCGGACUUGGGGCUUAUGGUGCUCAUAGGAAGUACCCAGAGGACAAGAAAGUUGACCAGGUGCAAGUAUUUGAAACGGCUAAUCGUUAUCAUUUUAUGCAUACAUUAGCUAUUCUUGGAUUACCUCUUACAAGAAUACCCCUUUUGGGUGCAGUAUUUUUUAUGUCUGGCAUAAUACUGUUUUCGGGAACAUUGUAUUAUUAUGCAUUUACAGGUGAUGGGAAAUAUAGGAGAUACGCGCCAAUAGGGGGGGUAUGUUUCAUUGUAGGGUGGUUAAGUAUGUGCAUUUAAGUUAUUAAGAAAUAUGGAUAUUGUGAUAUUUGUGUGUUAAAGGAUAACUAAAUACAAAAUUUCUAUACAUUCGUAUAUACUUCUACUAAUGUACUUUUGUAAUAAAUUGAUAUUCCGUAAUAUGAAAUACUUAUUAAUGAUAUAAUGUAUUUCACUUACGAUAUAUGUCGACUAGAAAGAAUA